GGUUUGAUGUUCGGCUACGCCACCGAUGAGACGGAGGAGUGCAUGCCCCUGACCGUGGUGCUCGCACAUAACCUCAAUCGCCGCAUCUCGGAGAUGCGGAAGGAGGGCUCGCUGUGGUGGGCCCGGCCCGACUCGAAGACCCAGGUGACAAUUGAAUACGCCAACGACAACGGUGCCAUGGUGCCGCUGAACGUCCACAGCGUCGUUGUCUCGAUCCAGCACGCCCCGGAGAUCUGCAUAGAGGAUCUCCGGCGGGAGAUCAUGUCGAAGGUGGUGCCGGAGGUGAUCCCUGCCAAGUACCUGUCCCCGCACACCAUCUACCACGUGAACCCCUGCGGCGAGUUUGUCAUCGGAGGUCCGCAGGGCGACGCCGGCCUCACCGGCCGCAAGAUCAUCGUCGAUACCUACGGCGGUUGGGGAGCCCAUGGUGGCGGCGCGUUCAGCGGCAAGGACUACACGAAGGUGGACCGGUCGGCCGCCUACGCCGCUCGCUGGGUGGCCAAGAGUCUGGUCAAGGCUGGGCUCUGCAAGCGCUGUCUCGUCCAGGUGUCCUACGCUAUCGGCGUGGCUGAGCCCAUCUCCAUCACCGUCUUCCACUACGGCACCAGCAAGUACAGUCAGCGGCAGCUGCUCGACAUUGUUAAGAAGAACUUUGACCUUCGGCCCGGCAAGAUCGUCAAGGAGCUGCAACUUCGACAGCCCAUCUACCAGCGCACUGCCAGCUAUGGCCACUUCGGUCGCAGCGACUUCCCCUGGGAGCAGCCCAAGGAGCUCAUCUUCUGAUGUCAACCAUAGAUGGCAGCACCUGUCGACAAUGCCGUGAUCUUGUUAUAUUGUGUGUCCCCGCAGGGACGUAAAAGCGAAAAUGAUGCCGAAGCCAAUCACGGGCGCUGGAAUUCGCUCAUUCCGUUGCAUGAUGAUGUUCAACCAUUCGGUCACAUUGACGUCAUUUGGUGGCGUUACUGGCAAUAAUGGUAUUGUAAUGACAUCAUUGUAUGCAUGCAUACGGUACAGCUAGCAAGGAAAUGUACCGCUGUCAGCCUUAAAUGAGACUCCCUGACUGUUUUGCUCCAAGGUCAGACAUGACGCCGCGUGCCUUGUGUGUUUUCACUGUCAAAUAUCUGCGUUUGACAUUAACUGUUUUGUUAGAUCUGUGUUCUUGUCCGUGUACAUGGGCCCAGCUUACCUUUUAGUGGUUUUUAGUGGAAAUGACGGACAAUGACAUCUUUUAUUUUUCGAUGUGAAUUGUGAGAGAAAGGAUGUUGCUUGUGCGUUUACACUAGUUAGCCUAUAGCCACUAUAAUGCUGUCUUAUUUUCAUCGCGUGCGUCAAAUUCUGAUUGGGGUCUUGGUGUGAGUCAUUGACUAUUUUGGUGUGGGCCAUUACUGUAUUGUGUAGUCGGGAUGGUUCAAUACAAAGGAAUGCC